AUGUCCCACGUCUCCGCCUUUCACAUCACCUGCAACGCCGGCUACGAGCUCAACCUCGAAGCCCGCCUCAAUGGUAAUCCUACCGGCCAACCACUGGCUUCCAAACUCGUCGCUGGCGAGACCAUUGAUGUCGACUUGAAGGAUCGUGCUAAGAAGGGAGAUACUGUAAUGCGACAGUUCCAACUCUGGGCCAACGCCUCGGGCAAAGAGGAAAAGUUCCGCGUGGGAGAUUACAAGUAUUUGUAUGAUCCGGAGAAUGAGGGGAAGUUGAAUGUUGUUGCGAGGGGUAGGGUUGAUGAGGAGGAGGAGGGUUUGCAGGUUGCGGUUGCUUAUGAGGUGAAGUAG